UUCAUUCUUCACCACCAUUUCAAUCUUCUCUACUAUUCUUUCAUUUCAUUAAAAUUGUGAUCAUCUUCUAAGAUAAAUAAAUAAUAUUAUUUGUUAUUCUGUUAUUCGGUAUGGAGAAUUUGACGCUCACUGGAUUCUUGAAACAUGUUGCUGAAAAAUUCCCAUCUCAUCGUGCGAUUUCUACUUCAGGCAAGUUUGAUAUCAGUCAUGCACGCCUUCAAGAACUCGUUGAACGUGCCGCUGCUCAGCUUUUAUCUGCCGGUGUUAAUCACGGUGAUGUCGUUGCUCUCACCUUCCCCAAUACCAUUGAGUUCGUGAUCAUGUUUUUGGCUGUUAUUCGAGUUCGAGCCACAGUAGCGCCACUGAAUUCAGCGUACAUGGCAGAGGAAUUCGAGUUCUAUUUAUCCGAUUCUGAAUCGAAACUCUUAAUAACUUCAAAAGAAGGAAAUGAAGCUGCUCAAACAGCAGCUUCAAAGCUCAAAAUCCUUCAUAUUACUGUAACUCUGCCUCAACCCGAAUCUGAUAUUGCUUUCACCCCUGCUCCACCCGAACCGAACGUUGAAUCGGUGUCCAAAAUCGUUAACGAGCCAUCAGAUAUCGGACUUUUCCUUCAUACAUCAGGCACAACGAGCCGACCGAAGGGUGUUCCUCUGUCUCAGCUUAAUUUGGUAUCUUCAGUGAACAACAUCAAAUCCGUGUAUAAGCUUAAGGACUCGGAUUCAACGGUGAUUGUAUUACCGUUAUUUCACGUUCACGGGUUGAUUGCCGGAUUACUGAGCUCACUCGGGGCCGGAGCAUCCGUGACACUUCCAGCUUCGGGGAGAUUUUCAGCUUCAACUUUUUGGUCAGACAUGAAAAAAUACAAUGCAACAUGGUACACAGCUGUGCCUACAAUUCACCAGAUUCUAUUGGAUCGCCACCUCAGCAAACCCGAACCUGAGUACCCGAAGCUCAGGUUCAUUCGGAGCUGCAGUGCAGCACUGGCUCCAUCCGUGAUGGCCCGGUUAGAGGAAGCGUUCGGGGCUCCUGUUUUGGAGGCGUAUGCGAUGACAGAGGCGACCCAUUUGAUGGCUUCGAACCCGUUACCCGAGGAUGGCCCGCAUAUAGCCGGGUCAGUUGGGAAACCCGUGGGUCAAGAGAUGGCUAUAUUGAAUGAGAAUGGUGUGGUACUAGGGGCUAAUGCUAAGGGGGAGGUUUGUAUUAGGGGUCCAAAUGUCACAAAAGGGUACAAGAAUAAUCCUGAGGCUAAUAAAUCAGCUUUCCAGUUUGGUUGGUUUCAUACUGGAGAUGUGGGGUAUUUGGACUCUGAUGGAUACAUGCAUUUGGUUGGCCGAAUCAAGGAGUUGAUCAACCGUGGAGGGGAGAAAAUAUCACCUAUUGAAGUGGACGCAGUACUAGUUUCUCAUCCGGAAAUUGCUGAGGCAGUCUCUUUUGGAGUUCCUGAUGACAAGUAUGGUGAAGAGAUAAACUGUGCAGUUAUUCCAAGAGAAGGGUCAAACAUUGAUGAGGCAGAGGUGCUGAGAUUUUGCAAGAAAAAUCUGGCAGCCUUUAAGGUCCCAAAGAAGGUCUUCAUGACUGAUUCUCUUCCAAAGACUGCAUCUGGCAAAAUUCAACGACGACUUGUUGCAGAGCACUUCCUUGCACAGAUUUCAACUGCUAAAGUCCCCAAAUUUGGAGCGUAGAAAAAUUGUUGGCUAUAUACGGUCCUUACUCCUAUUAACAAUAAAAUAUGUUUUUCGAUAUUAGUUACGUAAAUACUUGGUCAAGAAAUCGGGACACGAGAAUAUAUCAGUGGCUCUAGAUUUUCAGUAAUGGCACAAGUGUGUUCUCUAGGAAUCAUAUCAGGAUGUAAGGCACGACCUCUAUUUCAAUCGUAUUGCAAAGUGUCAUUUGCAUGCCUUCUUUUAA